UGGACCCAGUGGGGUGUACAACCAAUGGGCUCCCGGCCAGGUGAUGGAAGUCGUCGGUGGCCGACUCCUCCCAUUUAGGGUUCGUGUUAGGUAGGCCUGGACUUUAGAAAUUGGGCGGUCCACCCUCCCCGGCCGAGGCGAGGCGGGACAGUUGUUGCUGAGGUGAGGUCUAGUGAAUGGUGAAGUACUUCCCGGCCAGGGGACACCUGGGGCCGUGGGGUGUCGGUGGCGUGGAGUCGGAGAGGCGUCUGGCCCGCGGGGGAAUCCAGCCUCUCUAACGGAGCGGGCGGAGCGCAGCCCUCAGGUCUGGCGGGCGGCGUGGAAAACGCAGUGGAGCCAGAGUAGCCGAGGCACGGCCUUGGGUUGCCCCACGACGGCUCCUCCGGCCCAGGACCUCGCAGCCUCCCUUCUCCUUUCACUCACGUGCAGUCCCGGGCUGGAGAAGGGACCGGGGGCGCACUGAGUUCUCGACCCCCAUUUCAGUCUCAAAUCUCCUGGUGGAUGGACACCUUAGUAUGAGGUGAUUCCUAAGCAGCUGGGAACCUGAGGCUGUAAAAAGGGCUGUAGGAAAUGGACCGCAGUAUAAAAUCCAGAAGCAGACCUUGAAGGUUUAACCAUUGACCUAUUUCACAGAAUGAAUUCACGGACCAAAAGAUGGAGUUGGUUUUUAUUUUUAAAAAGAUAUUAUCAAUGAUCUGAUAUAACUAUAAAUAUUCAUUUGAUAAAGAUGCAUGGACUUGUCAUUAGCUUGGACUAGUGGUCGUUUCUGAAGGUUUCUUCAACGAAUUUCUAUUUGAAAAUUCAAAUAUCAAAGAAUAUUUGGUUUAGAAUGGUGUAAUGAUGUAUUUUCUUUGAGGACUGCAAAUAUCAUAGAGACCACAGUUGGAUUCCAGUUAUAUUCUCCAAUCAAAGUGAUUCAGUCCUUUAAUGAAGUUAAUUUUGAAGAGUUUUAUGUUUAUAAACGACGCCAAAAGAUGGGAGAAAAAAAUGGUGAUGCAAAAACUUUCUGGAUGGAGCUGGAAGAUGAUGGAAAAGUGGAUUUCAUAUUUGAACAAGUGCAAAAUGUGCUACAGUCACUGAAACAAAAGAUCAAAGAUGGGUCUGCCACAAAUAAAGAGUACGAUCAAGCAAUGAUUCUAGUGAAUGAAGCAACUAUCAGUAACAAUUCGACAUUGAUAAAGGAUCAUAUGUCUGUGACCCAAAAUGAACAGGAAAACAAAUCAAGUUCAUUGCCCUCUACAUCACAUGAAGACACCUUUCCAGAAGACUGUACAUUUCUAUUCCCCCAAAAUAAGAAAAUUCCCCCUCUGGAAAAUAAAGUUGCAGACUUUAGAGAAAAAGAGUCAUCUUUGAAUUUAUCUUAUCAAAGUCAUGACUGCUCUGGUGCCUGUCUGAUAAAAACACCACUAACCUUCAAGGGAGAAAACCCUCUACAGCUGCCAAUCAAAUGCCACUUCCAAAGACGACAUGCGAAGACAAACUCGCAUUCUUCAGCACUCCAUGUGAGUUAUAAAACCCCUUGUGGAAGGAGUCUACGAAACGUGGAGGAAGUUUUUCGUUACCUGCUUGAGACAGAGUGUAACUUUUUAUUUACAGAUAACUUUUCUUUCAAUACCUAUGUUCAGUUGACUCGAAAUUACCCAAAGCAAGAAGAAAUUGUUUCUGAUGUGGAUAUUAGCAAUGGAAUGGAAUCGGUGCCCAUUUCUUUCUGUAAUGAAAUUGACAAUAGAAAGCUUCCAUACUUUAAAUACAGAAAGACUAUGUGGCCACGAGCAUAUUAUCUAAACAACUUUUCCAACAUGUUUACUGAUUCAUGUGACUGUUCUGAGGGCUGCAUAGACAUAACAAAAUGUGCGUGUCUUCAACUGACAGCACGGAAUGCCAAGACUUGCCACUUGUCAAGUAAUAAAAUAAGAACUGGAUAUAAAUAUAAAAGACUACAGAGACAAAUACCUACUGGCAUUUAUGAAUGCAGCCUAUUGUGCAAGUGUAAUCGACAAAUGUGUCAAAACCGAGUUGUCCAGCAUGGACCUCAAGUGAGGCUGCAGGUAUUCAAAACUGAAAAGAAAGGAUGGGGAGUACGGUGCCUAGAUGACAUUGACAGAGGGACAUUUAUUUGCAUUUAUUCAGGAAGAUUACUAAGCAGAUCUAACACUGAGAAAUCUGAAGCUAUUGAUGAAAGUAGAAAAGAAGAGAAUAUUAUGAAAAAUAUGUUUUCGAAAAAGAGGAAAAUAGAAGUUGCAGAUUGUGAGGUUGAAGCUAUCCCAUUAGAAUUGGAAACACAUUCUAGAAGUGCUGAGACUGAGAUACAUCCACCUAGGUUCAAUAAUAAUCCAAAACAGCCUGUUACAGAAAUGAAAUGUAACAAUAUUUCAAGAAUUCAGUAUCAUUCAGUCAUUAGAAGUCCUAAAGCCAAGACAGCCUUUAUUCAACGCAAUGGGGAAAAGAUGGGAUUUGCUUCCUCAGAGUUUGUCACCUCAGAAGAUAAUGAUGGAUUUAAAUCAUCCCAAGUACAUCUGAACUCUAAAGCCAAGGAAACGAAAAAGGACUCAAGCUCAAACAAAAUUGAAGAUUCUGAAGACAGUCUGCUGAUUGAAUCAGAUGUGAUAGAUAUAACUAAAUGUAGAGAAGAAACUCCACCAGGGGGCAGAUGUAACCAAGCAACCACAUUGGAUAAUCAGAAUAUUAUAAAGGAGUUUGAGGUUCAAAUACAAAAGCCCCAAGAGGAAAAAUCUCCAGCAUGUCAAAACCAGCAGGUCUUUUGUGAUAAAGAGUUGCCAAGUGAAACCAGGAAUACUUCAUCUGAUUCUCUAAAGAAGUUCAAUAAAGGGAAUGUGUUUUUAUUGGAUGCCACAAAAGAAGGAAAUGUGGGCCGCUUCCUUAAUCAUAGCUGUUGCCCAAAUCUUUUGGUACAGAAUGUUUUUGUAGAAACACAUGACAGGAAUUUUCCAUUGAUGGCGUUCUUUACUAACAGAUAUGUGAAAGCCAGAACAGAACUAACUUGGGAUUAUGGUUAUGAAGCUGGGACUAUGCCUGAGAAAGAAAUCCUCUGCCAAUGUGGGGUUAAUAAGUGUAGAAAGAAAAUAUUGUAAAUCUGUAGCUAAUGCCUGUUCAUGAAACUAGCUUAUCAAGCUGAAAUUAGAGCCAUGCAAAAGAACCCUCAGUCAUCAGUAGAAUUAAUUUAGGUUGUGAUCCAUCAAGAGAAUUCCUCUCAGUUUACCCUUGUCGGGGGUUUAUUUGCAUGACUUAGAAAUGCCGGGAACAAAAUAAGGCCAUUUUCAUAUGCAUAGGGUAUCCCUUUAUUCUUACUACUGUUCAACUUUACAUGAGUAGGAUGGGAGUGUAUAUUUUAUAUAAAGUACCACUAUAUAAUUUGUAACUUAUUUGUAAAUUAUAUAAAGAAAAACAAAUGUCACAAUAGAAUUCAGCUGUUCUUACUGUUCUUAUUGCUUUUGUGAUUAUCUUUUGAGUUCUUACCCCCGAAGGGCCAAAUUUCACAUCUUUAUUUAUAAAACUUAUUUAUGUUUAAUUCCUGGUAAAUAAUUUACCAUUAUGAGCCAUAAGGUGGGCAACAGAGCCUGAGGAAUAUGUAAAAACUAACUUUAUACAUAUUACUUCCAAGUAUUUUAGCACUAGUUGGAGAAGCUGUAUCUGGUCCAUGAAACACUGUCCCAUCAAACCAUUUGAGUGAGAAGGGGGAAGGGUUUGAUAAACUCUUUGAGAUGAAACUUCUUUUUCACGGAUUCUCUUUACUCUUUCAGUACAAAUGCAGACAGGAAAAGAGGGAAUAGAAACCUGGAGUAAUUGGAAUAUUUCUGUUCUAGAUAGAGUAGAGCCAUAAGAAAAGGAAACUUAGAAACUAGUCACACUUGGCUUAUUUAGGCCAGAAAGAAUUAGGCUGGGCAAGAAUUUCACUUAAAAAACAAAACAAAACAAAAUUCUGCUGAGCUGCAAAGUCUGAAACAGCCCCUUGGUCUCUCUUGGGCAUGAUGUGCAAAUUGUUUUUCUAGAGAAAAAGGGAAAGAGUUACUUUGCUAUAGGAUACCCAGCCCUGAUCAUCUAGUGGAAAGGGGACUGAGAAUCUCCAAGAAUCAAAACUAAUUUUAUCUAUAACAAAGAUGUACAUUUGGCUGCCAGGAACUUCCCCCUUUGAACCAGGAUGGGAAUACUAGCUCAAAAGGGUUUGUAAUUAAAAGUAGUUCUGGUUUUUGAGAGGUUAUAUAUUUUUUUCUUUUUUCUGAACUUGAUUCUGGGUUUAAUUUGGUUACCUUUCAAACACAAGUCUAUUCUAAGUUUGGACCCAAUUUAAUUAAAAAAUAUUGAACUUGAUGAAAAUUUUACUUGAAAUUGUUUUAGAGAGUGGGAAAUCAAAUAACUAGGAAAAGGAGCAAAAAAUUAUAACCUAACAACCUGUAGACAGAUGAGGAAAAUUGAAAAGUCCAUCUAUUCACAGAAAAGAUGCAAGAAUUUUAGGCAGUGGACUAAAAUAAAGUGAAGACACUUGAUCAAUAUGGGAAAUAUUUUUGUGCAGAAAUCCUGACAUCUUAAUCUGCUUCAGUCUGCACUGGUUCACAGCUAGCAUCUUUCAUCUGUGUCUUAGAGAUUCCCUUUGUCUCUCUUAUGUCAAAUCUGUUUCUGGUUAAGUCCCAUUAUUUCCCUUUUCCUUGGUUUACUCUCACAUAUUGAUGAAGCACAUCCUCCACUAGCUUUUGAAAAGGAAAAAUGAGAGGUAAGUAUUUUGAGACCUUGCAUCUUUGAAAAUGUUAUUUUACCCUUACACUUGAUUGCUCUUUUGGCAGGGUAUAUAAUUCUUGAGCAGCCUCCAUGCCCAAUUUUGAAGGCAUCUGCUAGCUUCCUGGGUGACUGUUGGAAGUCAGAUGCCAUUCUGUUCCUUAUCUUUUGUAUAUAUGACCAGUUUUUGUCUCUCUCGAAGCUUAUAGCGUUAUCUUUGUCCCAAUGUUCUGUUCCUGGUAAGAGUCCAUUCUCAUCCCUCGUACCGGGUCCUUGGUGGGGUCUUUCAGUCUGAAAACUGCAUCCUUCAGUUCAGGGCAAUUUUCUUGAGCUGUUUCUUUAAUGAUUCCUCAUCUGUUCUCUCUUUUCUAGAAUUCCUGUUAUCCAGAUAUUAGACCUCCAGGAUUGGUUCUCUGAUUUUUAUUUUAAUUUCCAGCUCUGUCUUCUUGCUGUACUUUCUAGGAUUUCCUCAACUUAAUAUUCCAAUUUCUAUUGUGUUUUAUUUUUAUGGUCUCAUAUUUUUAAUUUCUAGAGCUCUCUUCUCUGAACCUUCUUUUCUUUAAUAACAUCCUAUUUUUGGUUCAUGGUUACAGUAUCUUCUCUCUUGAAAAUACUAUUUGUGUGUAUGUGUGUUCAUUCACACAAAUUCAUUCACACACACACAUUCUUUAGAAUUUUCUUUUGGGCCUGACAUGGAAUACUCUUCCCUCCUCCUGCUUGAAGGGCCAAAAACCUUGGCUGCCAGAGUCUGCUUUUUUCUCUCUUUUUGCAGCCCCAUGCUCUUGCUUCUGUAAUCCAUUUCUGUAUUAGUCAAGACUAUCCAAGUUAUCCUUUUUAAUAUGCUGUUUUCUACUGUGCCUAAUUUGCUUCCUUUCUCUCUUUAAAACCUGCUCAAAGUGCAAGACCUCCAGAAGUUUUGCUUUAAUUCCCCAGCAAACCACCAACUAUUAUAGGGUUCCUUUUAACUUUAAUUAUAUGCAUUUAUGUUCUCUACAUGUAUAUUUGGUACAUGCACUGAAAACCUCGUUUUGUAUGGUGCUGUGUACCCCAUGGGUGCUAAAUAAAGGCUUGCGACUGGCAA